ACCACCUUCUCAUCACACAUCACUUGCUGUUAUGCAUCAGAGAGGAGCUUGUCGUUAGAGAGCGUAGUGCGUACCCAACAGCCCAGCCCAGCCCAGCCACCUCCAUUGAUAGCGAGUGGUAGCGCAGCAGAGGAAGUGAAAAGACCACUCUGGUGGCUGCAGAGAUAUAUACUAGCUCUGACCACAGCAGGAGCGAGCGAGCGAGGCAGCUUGGUUGCCAUCUCGAUCGGUAUCAUCGACGCCGGCUCGAGCAGCUCGUAGCUCGACUCGACACAGUAAUCGUUCACCUUACCGGCCAGAGAGGAGCACGAGGACAUGGUGAAGUCGUCGGCGGCGGGGAGCUACGGCGGCGGGGUGCUGCCGUUGGCGUCGCUGAACCACAUCAGCAUCGUGUGCCGGUCGGUGGAGGAGUCGCUGAGCUUCUACACCGACGUGCUGGGGUUCGUCCCCAUCCGCCGCCCGGGAUCCUUCGACUUCGACGGCGCCUGGCUGUUCAACUACGGGAUCGGGAUCCACCUGCUGCAGUCGGAGGACCCCGGCAGCCUGCCGGAGAAGAGGGAGAUCAACCCAAAGGACAACCACAUCUCCUUCCAGUGCGAGAGCAUGGCGGCGGUGGAGCGGCGGCUGAAGGAGAUGGGCAUCCCGUACGUGCAGCGGUGCGUGGAGGAGGGCGGCAUCAACGUCGACCAGAUCUUCUUCCACGACCCCGACGGCUUCAUGAUCGAGAUCUGCAACUGCGACAACCUCCCCGUCAUCCCGCUCGCCGGCGGCGACCGCGCGCCCGUCCUGGGGGCAUGCAAGCGCGCUGUCGUCAUGCAGCAGCAGCAGGGCAGUGCGGUGCCUUCGGCUCCGGCGGCGGCCGCGCAGUGCGUGCCGUCGGCGGCGGCGACGCAGGCCAUCCGCGUCGGCGAGGAGGCACACAUCUCCUGCGCGUGAGCAGGCAUGGCGAGCCAUGUCGUGCGCGCGCACCCGUGCGAGUGCGACUGGCGCUUGUAUAUGCGUUGAGUGUAGUAGGCCUGUGUGUAAGAGUUAAAAACUCACAUUUUAAGUGAAAGAAGAAUAAACCAAGGCGGGAAGGUUUCGUCUUGAGCCUGUCCUCAAUCUUUAGUUCAUUUUGCGCUCAACCUUUACUAAGAGCCAACGGUUUCUUGAGAAUUUUCUGAGCUCCUGAGUUGGGGCCUGUAUGAUUUUCAUCCAGUUUUUCUUGAGACAAUCUUAAUGGGACGUUCUAUUCUAGCAUCUCCACAGCAUAUAUAAAACUGGU